GCCCGUUUUUUUUUAUUACAAAACCAGAUAUAAGGAUCCCAUUAUAACAUAAACUUUUACAAUUUUUACAAAAAAUUGAUUUAAUUCUUGUUCCAUUAAUAUCCUUUAAAAAAGGAGAAAUUUCUUUUCGCAUGAUUAUUAUUUAAAAAAAAAAAUUAAAAUCAACAAUUACGAGUAAACAAGUGUAUAUAACUAUAUAUAAAUAUGAAAAAACGAAUAUCAAUUUUAUUUUUAAUUGCCAUAGUUGUUUUCUUACAAGGCGGGGUAUAUGGUCAGUCAUCAAAAUGUGUGGACCAUGGAUUUUGUUUUAAAAUAACUCCACCAGCAAGUGUUAAUGAUCCUGUAAGCUUAUACACUUUUGAAUUAGAAGCUCCAGCAUCUAUAGGGUGGGUCGCACUUGGAGUUGGUCCAUCUAUGAUUGGAAGUUACAUAAUAAUGGCUUGGCCUUCAACGAAUGGAUCAGCUAUAAUUACCCAGCGUAUUGCGGAACGAUAUAGUGUACCGAGAGUCACAUCUCAACAAAGUGAUCUUAGUUUAGAUGCCACUUCCAGUGGUGUAAAAAAUGGAAAAUUCAUUGCAAAAUUCACUCGAGCAGUUUCGGUUGCUGGAUCAUCGAUUGAAUCAAGUGGACAAGAUUUUGUUUGGGCCCUUCAGACAGAAGAAAGACCUCCAGAUGAUGCAUCUACUCGUGACAUUUUUAUUCAUAAUAGUAAAGGUCGUUAUACCUAUGUCAUGGAUGCAAAUGCCGUUGGAAUUAGUAGUUUAAGCAGAUAUGACAAGUACAUCUUGGCUCACGGAAUUAUAAUGUUCGCUGUAUGGGGUUUCUUGGUACCGGGUGCUGUUUUUAUCGCAAGAUUUACAAGAAAUAUUAUUCCACAAAAAUGGUUCAAACUUCAUUGGGGAAUUCAGCAAUUCUUAGCAUCUCCUUUAACUUUGAUUGGAUUGAUAUCGGCAUACGUAGCGGGUGUGAGAUUUCAUGCUGCUAAUACCCAUCAUUUUCUUGGAGUAGUUGUGUUUGGAGGUUUCAUAUUUCAACUUACUCUCGGAUGGAUUCAUCAUAAACUUUUUGAUCCAUCCAGAAAACAUUUUCCAUGGUGGACCAAACUUCACUGGUGGUGGGGACGCAUAUUGAUUCUUUUGGCGUUUAUACAAAUUCUUUUGGGAUUACAACAAUAUAAUGCAUCUCACGGAGUCUUCGUUGGAUAUUAUAUCUAUGUUCUAUUUAUCCUGUCAUCCUAUGGAGGUAUAUCUUAUUAUUUAUACAGGAGGAGGAAGCGCGAUUUAGAGACGUUCGCCAAAUCGGAUGUCCUUUACACAGGAAUACGUCAAGAUGAUGUAGAGCAACAGAGUUAAGUGGAAUUUUAUUAUGAUGUGUAUAUUAAAAGUGUAUAUUAAUAGGAAUAUAUAUCAUUGUAUCAUGUAUUUUUAGUCUUUGUAAUAUAUAAUAUCAUUUGUAGUUUAAGAAUAUAUCCUCAUAUUAUCUAAUUCAUUUUCUCUCUUCAUUUUAUUCUAAAAUCUCGCCAACCUUGUCGGAAUUUUUUAUUUUUUUUUCAUAAAUAUAGGUCUUUUGAUUACUUCUACGUAAACCAACAAAACUACUAUACUCCAUUAUAUUCAACACCUUCAGAUCAAUAUAAUAUCAACGGUGGAAGUGCUAAUUAUUUCUUAUAUCAAUUAAGAUUUAAUAUGUUGGAUAAUUUAGGCAUACAAUAUGAAGCUACUCUAUUUUGUAUUUUAUUAUUAUUUGUUAUACUUUUUAUUGUAGGAAUCUUUACAUUAAUUUACAUGAAUAGUGGUUUGUUAUUCUCAUAAUUAUUAUCAAAAAAAAAAAAAAAUUUAAAAAA